AUGGCGAACGCCGCCACUGUACACGCCGACAGGUUCUUCGCCGACAGGGCGGCCCCUCUUUGCAGCCUCGACAUCAGCAAAUCUUUCGCCCAGCUGAGUGAGAACGAGAAGAAGUAUGCUCAUUAUAUUGGACUGGCUUCGUGGGCAGGGGCGCGGAUCAUCCAGGGUCAAUGGACUCCGCAGGCGCAAGACUUGUACGAUUUGUUAAUCUUGACGUUCAGCAAUGAGCGAGGUGGUUUGGCCGAUCUUGUUGCACUUCAAAACGCGUCUGGGCUGUCCGCAGAGGAGUGGGAGGAUUUAUUGCAGUACACCUCGCAGAUCUUUUCCAAUCUCGUCAACUUCAAGACAUUCGGAUUUACGAAGAUCAUUCCCCGCGUCGCGUCUGACAAGUUCGAGGCUGUCGUCACCAACUCUUCAAACAAAGACAGGGUUGUAGCACUUUGGAACAAGUUGAAAGAGCACAUCUAUGCUACCAGCCCUGAGUCCAGUCUCUUCAUUGGCAAACGCAACCUCGGUCACGUAUCGAAUUAUUAUCUCGGGGAAACAAUCGACGACGAGGAAGUUGCUUCUGUCCAAGCGGCAGCUGAAAAGAUUGGCGUCGAUGUCCUGAACACGAGGGUGGUCAAGAACGGUCCUAACGAUUACACUCUCCUGGUGGCAUCAGCACAAACUCAACCACCUGCACUUCAUGAUAUCGAGGCAAAACAGGGUGGUAAAGCUAAAUUGAACGUCCAAUAUGGAGAUUUCUCUGAGGCUCUGGCGAAGGUGGUCGAGGCUCUCAAGGAGGCCAAGAAGUACACGGCAAACGAUAACCAGACCAAGAUGAUUGAAGGUUACAUUAAAUCCUUUGACACAGGUUCCAUCCAAGACCACAAGGACGGGUCAAAAUGGUGGGUUAAAGAUGUUGGCCCCGUGGUUGAGUCGUACAUUGGAUUCAUUGAAACCUAUGUCGACCCUUACGGCGGGCGUGCUGAAUGGGAGGGUUUCACGGCGAUUGUGAACAAGCAGCUAAGCGCCAAAUACGAGACCCUCGUCAACGAUGCUCCAAACCUCAUCAAAGUUUUGCCUUGGGGCCCGGACUUCGAAGUCGAUGUCUUCCGCAAGCCCGAUUUCACCGCGUUGGAAGUUGUGUCCUUUGCAACCGGUGGGAUACCUGCUGGAAUUAAUAUCCCGAAUUAUUACGACAUCAGAGAAUCGACUGGUUUCAAGAACGUUUCAUUGGCAAAUAUCCUUGCAGCGAAAGCGCCUAACGAAGAGUUGACUUUCAUACACCCGGAUGACGUCGCUCUCUACAACGCCUGGGACAGCCGGGCAUUUGAGCUUCAGGUAGCCAACCACGAACUACUUGGCCAUGGAUCUGGCAAGCUUUUCGAGGAGGGUGCCGACGGAAAAUUGAAUUUCAAUAUCGACAAGGUUGUUAACCCCCUGACUGGCGAAAAGAUCACGUCGUGGUACAAGCCUGGCCAAACCCCAGGAUCUGUUCUGGGAGAGGUGUCGUCUUCGAUGGAGGAAUGUCGCGCGGAGACAGUCGCACUCUACUUGGUCAGCAAUCCUGAUAUUCUGAAGAUAUUCAAUUACACCGACAAAAAGGAGAUAGAGGAGAUCCAGUAUAUCACGUUCCUGCUCAUGGCGCGAGCUGGUUUGAGGGCCCUGGAGUUCUACGACCCUACGACGAAGAAGCACGGUCAGGCGCAUAUGCAAGCUCGGCUUGGGAUAACGCAGCACCUCAUCCAGUCAGGGAUCGCCCGCCUGGAGGAGGUCCGCGACGGCAGCGGCAAGCUCGAGAACCUCUACGUCAGGGUCGACCGCGAGCUCGUGCUGUCAAAGGGAAGAGAUGCCGCAGGCAAGCUGCUUAUCGAUCUCCAAGUUCGCAAGAGCACCGCAGACGCCGCAGGGGCCCGCGAGUUCUACAACACCCUGACGGCGCCGAUCCCUGGUUGGGAAGGCGAGAUCAGGAACCUCGUCCUGCGGAAGAAAUUGCCUCGUAAAAUUUUCGUACAACCGAAUACCUUCUUGGAGGGAGAUAAGGUCGUCUUCAAGGAAUACCCGCUGACCUGCGCUGGCGUCAUCGAGAGCUUCAUCGAACGGAAGCUAUAG